CCCGCACCGUGAGUCAAGCGUGCUCGGCUGCGACAUGACCAGAGCUCCGCGGACCUGGCGAUUCAAAGAUGGAGCAGUUUAAAGCGAUCAUUUCGGUGCUUUGGAUAUUAUUGCUCAACAGAAACGAGGAGGCUUGCGCAGAGGAAGUUGUGCUGCUGAAUUCUAAGGAGUCCCAGGCAGAGCUGGGUUGGACCUCGUAUCCUUCUAAUGGGUGGGAGGAAAUCAGCGGCGUGGAUGAAAAAUACAAGCCCAUUCGUACAUAUCAGGUGUGCAACGUGAUGGAGCCCAGUCAGAACAACUGGCUGCAGACAGGCUGGAUCUGGCGGCAGGGCGGCCAGCGCAUCUUCAUCGAGCUGCAGUUCACUCUGCGUGACUGCAACAGCAUCCCCGGUGUGUCCGGAAGCUGCAAAGAGACCUUCAACCUCCUAUAUGCAGAGUCAGACUGGGACCUGGGGCGUGUGGCCCGCGAGGACCGCUACAGCAAAAUCGACACCAUCGCGGCAGACGAAAGUUUCACGCAGGGCGAUUUAGGCGAACGUAAAAUGAAGCUCAAUACCGAAGUACGCGAGAUCGGGCACGUCAAUCGCAAAGGAUUCCAUCUGGCCUUCCAGGAUGUCGGCGCUUGCGUCGCACUGGUUUCAGUGAGAGUUUACUACAAGAGGUGUUUGUCGACCGUGCAGAAUUUGGCUGUGUUUCCGGAUACGGUAGCCGAAGCUGCAUUCUCCACAUUGGUGGAGGUGAGAGGGACAUGCGUGAAUAACUCUGAGGUGGAUACGGACAGUCCUCCCAGAAUGCAUUGCAGCGCAGAAGGGGAGUGGUUGGUGCCCAUCGGCAAAUGCAGCUGCAGCGCUGGAUAUGAAGAAGGACACAGCAGCUGUGAGGCGUGUCCUCCUGGCACAUAUAAGAUGUCGUCACGGCAACAAGAGUGUUUCUCAUGUCCGGCGAACAGCAAGGCUGAAGAGGAGGGUAAUGUGCUUUGUAUGUGUGAGGACGACCACUUCAGGACACCGCUGGACCCCCCUUCGGCCCCUUGCACUCGUCCCCCCUCUCCACCCAGAGAUCUGGUCUACACCCUCAAACAAUCCACACUCAUUCUGGAAUGGUCGGCGCCAAAUGAUUCCGGUCGUCGGGUGGAUCUUGCCUACAGUAUAGGUUGUCGCCGAUGUGUCGGCCCACCUCGAGCCCUGCAGGUGCAGUGUGAACCCUGCGGUGCCAGCGUGGGCUUCGUACCGCAGCAGAGCGGCCUGACGGAGCGCACGGUCACUGUGGUCAACCUACUGCCGAACUCCAACUACUCCUUCAGCGUGGAAGCCCGGAAUGGCGUUUCGGAGUUGCUUCCGAAUAAAAGGUUCUACACCCAAGUCAACAUCUCCACCAGCCUUCCAGCACCCUCUCAAGUGAGCGAGCUGCGGGCAGAGAAGGUUGAACAGCGCAGUGUGACUCUGGUUUGGAGGGAACCCAUCGCAUAUACCAACAGCAGUCGCACAGAGUACGAGAUCAAAUACUACGAGAAGGACCAGAAAGACCAGAGUUAUUCCACGGUAAAGACGGCCGCCACCAAAAUCAGUGUCAACAACCUGAAACCGGGCACAACUUACGUCUUCCUCAUCCGCACCUGUUCCAGUCCAGCUUUGUCCUCUCUCUCCUCAUCACCUCUUUCUUCAUCCUCCUCGUCCUCAUCUCCCUCUUCUCCAUCUGCUGCUUCUUCCUCCAGCCCCGUGGUGGCUGUGUCACCCCCUCCGCUCGACUACGGGGCGUACAGCACACCUCUGGAGCUGCAGACGCUAGGAGAAUUGGCGCUGGCUUCCAGCGAGCAGAGUCCUGUGGUGAUCAUCGUGGUGGUCUCAGUCGCUGCUCUCAUCAUGUUGCUCACUCUUGGAGUUGGACUGCUCAUCUGGAGAAGACAGUGUGGCUACAGUAAGGCCAGUCAGGAGGGAGACGAUGAGCUUUACUUCCAGUUUAAAAUCCCAACCAGAAGGACGUACAUUGACCCGGAAACAUGUGAAGAUUUGCUCCAAGCUAUCCACGCUUUUGCCAAAGAACUGGACAUCUCCAGCAUUAAGAUAGAGAGGAUAGUCCAUACAGGAGACUUUGGCGAGGUAUGUUGGGGUUGCUUGAAACUGCCCAGCAAACGCGAGUUACCCGUGGCCAUAAAGACGCUUCGGGCAGGCUGCUCGGAAAAACAGAGACGCUCGUUCCUCAGCGAAGCAGGAAUUCUGGGACAGUUCGAUCACGCCAACAUUGUACGUCUGGAGGGAGUCAUCACCAGAGGCAAUACGAUGAUGAUCGUGGUGGAGAGUAUGACCAACGGGACACUUGACUCUUUUCUGCGGCAACAUGAAGGUCAGUUGACCGUUCUUCAGCUGGUGGAUCUGUUGAGCGGUGUGGCGUCUGGGAUGAAGUAUCUCACAGAAAUGGGCUUCAUCCAUCGCCGGCUGGCCGCUCACAAGGUCCUGGUGAACAGUAACUUGGUCUGCAAAGUAUCCGGCUUCAGACCUUUCCAGGAUGACAAGAUAGAGGCCGUCUACAGCACUCUACACAGGGGGAAGAGUUCUGUAUUGUGGACGGCCCCAGAGGCCAUUCAGUACCAUCGAUACAGCUCGGCGUCGGAUGUAUGGAGCUUCGGCAUCGUCAUGUGGGAAGUCAUGUCCUUCGGAGAGAGGCCGUACUGGGACAUGGGCAACCAAGACGUCAUAAAAGCGAUAGAAGACGGGUUCCGGUUACCCGCACCCGUCAACUGCCCGCCAUCUUUGCACCAGCUCAUGUUGGACUGCUGGCAGAAGGAGAGGACGGAGAGACCCACGUUCACACAGAUCCACAGCGCUCUCAGCAAGACCAUCAGGAGCCCGGAUAACAUCGGGUCAUCCACGCUGGGACGAAGGACUCUGGGUUCCUCCGUAUCACUAGCAGACCGAACUCUCCCAUCCUUCCCUUCCUUUAGCUCCAUUGGAGAAUGGUUGGAAGCUGUAGACAUGGGCCGCUACAAAGACAACUUCACAGCCGCUGGAUACUGCUAUCUGGAGUCAGUGGCCCGCAUGACCGUUCAGGACGUGUUGAGUCUGGGCAUCACCUCUCUGGAGCACCAGAAACAGAUCCUGACUGCCAUACAGACACUUAGGGCGCAGGUUAUUCAGAUGCACGGUCGAGGAGUACAGGUCUGACAAACGCACACACGCUUGAACUGGACGUUACCGGGUUUGAAGAGGAAAGACACGUGGACGUCUGUUCCCGUGAUUACCCAGAAGGCCGUUCAGCGGUCGGGAGGUGAUAACUUAGUCAGUUUUCUUCCUAAUCUUUCCUAUUUAGGUUUCUUGAUCUUCGCUUUGGGCAAACAUGUUUUUUUUCACAAACCAAUGACGAAACAAUAUCACAGAGGAUUUUCUUUCAAAUAACCGAUGUGCUGAUUUCACUUGCUUCAUCCGCUGCCCAUCAAGCUUCGUCCUUUUUAGCAGGACUCGGAGGCUCUUCAAUUUCUUUUAAGAACUCGUGCUUUGUAGCCACUGAUCAUGCUGUGGACUCGACCAAAAGGAUGCCACCAAAUCUUGGACCUUCAGCUCCUCAGACAAGGCGAAGAUCUGUCUGUAUCUUCAGAAAACUAGUCAACUGAUAAAAAAUCUUAAUACGUUGUAAAUCCCAUCUGUGCAUUUGAUUCUUACAUCUGUUUUUCUCGUCUACAUUUUCCUUCCACUUGCUUUCCACGUAAACUGUUUUCGAAUUUCAGAGUUUUAUUUAUUGUCAUCUAAAUUCUAUAUUCUGUGUUGUGUUUAUCGUUCUCGUUCUGUCUUAACUAUAGACAUUGUUUGCACUGCGGUAUCCAUGAUUUACUUUAUCUUGUACCAUAUUUAUUAGAGAAUUUAUUUAUGCAUUUACAGAAGCUUCAUCUGAAUCCAGAAAUGUUACGCCUCGAGAAACAGAGCACUAAAUCUGGUCACAUUCGCGGUGAUUUCAUCAAAAUGCUUCUCGAUCUUGUUUGUGUAAAAAAAAUUUGCCUGCACUUUUCAGGGUCAUCUGUGAACGGGUGGCCGUGAUGUGGCGCAUACACGCUUACAGACAUUUAUUAUUCGCUGCAGUGACGGCUGUUGGAUACACUCAUGCGUGUAUUACUCAAUGUUGCCGUUGUGUACGACGGAAGUGGUUCUUCUUUGAAAAGAAAGUUCUGAAUGUGCUAGUGUUAUUGGAGUUUUGCAUUUUUGUGUGAUGUGUGCGUUGGGAACUGGAGUCAGUGGGAGACUGAGAUUCUGUGUGCUGAAACGUUUUUAUGAUAUAAACGGAUCGGUUCAAAGACCAUGGUGCACAAAAGGAUUGUGUUACAAAUAGAAAAGUACAAAACAAACCGUCAUUCAUAUAGGUUUGUUCUUUUUUCAGGACAUGAGCAAUUAUAAAGAAUGUUGUGAGGGAUCGCAUCACAUUUUUUACUACGAGUGUUUGAUAAACCCGGAUAUAUGAGCGCUUACGUCAGUACCACAUAUUCAUAAUUAUCUGAGACAUAUCAUUUUAAAACGUGACGUAACCCAAAUGAAUAAUCACCACGAAAUCUAAACAACAAACUGUUCUGCACUGUUGAACAACCCUUUACAAAAUAAGACGGGAGUCCCCCUUUGCAUUGUGUGUAUCAUUCUGAUCUCUGUUUGAUACUGUAAAUAUGUAUUUGAAAAUGCAAUCUAUUUUUAUAAUUUGUUUGAAUAAUAAUGUGAUCCUUUCACUGUGUUUAAACGAUUAUUGUUUGAAUUAGACGAGUAGCUACGAAUAAAGUGUCUUUCUUUUAGUUUUUCCUUUCAGUUGGAAUUUUUCAUGAUUUUUACCUGGUAGAAAAACAGAUGGCUGUUGCAAUACUGAAACAUGUUAUUAA